UGGGGAGUAUUUGCUGACACAAUAUUUUUGUAAAACUUUAAUUUUACUAGCACUUCUGGAUUUUAAGUUUUUGCUUUUUAGUUGGGGGUUAUACUGAUAUGUUCAAUUAAAUUGGACAUGUGGACUUAUUUUUUGAGUUUUGCUUGCAGUUUGUAAAACAUUCCUGUGAGCAUGCUUUUGCUGUCACUGACAGCACAAGUGAAGAAACUGAUGCACAACUUUAUUGAUUGAAAUUGGGAUUAAAUUUCAAUUUGAUCAACUAUCAAAAAAGAAGGAUAACUGGAUAUCACAGGACUAUGAACUGAUAUGCGGGGAUCAUCCCCAGACUCUGGGCCAGAAACAUAAACCAACACCACAAUAGACAGACAGACAGACAAACAGACAGACAGACACUUUCGACGAUCACUUUGACUGUGGAGACGGGCAGCGUGCUGUCCAAAGACCCAGCCUGACGCACGGAGACGGACAGACAGACAGACAGUCUGAUGCCAACUGUCUCCACUGUCAAUCUCACGGCACCACUCCUCCUCCUGUUGCUAUGGGCAACCCACCCCACCAUGGCAACCAACUGGCUCUCCCUGGCGAGGCUGCCUCGCUCCAGGCCCGUGUCCGGUGCUGCCCCAUGUGCGCGGCUGAGGGGGCUGACCCCAGGGCAGGUGGGGGUGUGCAGGGCGCGAGGGGAGGUCAUGGAGUCCGUACGCAAGGCAGCCGAGAUGGUCAUAGAAGAGUGCCAGCACCAGUUCAGGAAUCGCCGCUGGAACUGUUCCACCACCCCACGUGGGAUCAAUGUAUUUGGCAGAGUCAUGAAUCAAGGGACUCGUGAGGCGGCCUUUGUGCACGCUUUGUCCUCAGCAGCCGUGGCGGUGGCUGUGACCCGAGCCUGCACCCGCGGGGAGCUGGAGAGGUGUGGCUGUGACAGGAAGGUCAGGGGGGUCAGCCCCGAGGGUUUCCAGUGGUCAGGCUGCAGUGACAACCUGUCCUAUGGCGUCGCUUUCUCCCAAACAUUUGUUGAUGAACCAGAACGAGCCAAGGGUCUGUCAGCGGGGCGCCCACUCAUGAACCUCCAUAACAACGAGGCUGGUCGAAAGGCCAUCCUUCACAACAUGCAGGUGGAGUGUAAAUGUCACGGCGUCUCCGGCUCCUGCGAGUUGAGGACCUGCUGGAAGGUUAUGCCUCCAUUCAGGCGUGUCGGCGUUGUGCUCAAGGAACGCUUUAAUGGAGCCACAGAGGUUCGCCUGACUCGUAUCGGAUCCAGGACAGCCCUGCUUCCCCGUGACCCGCAGGUCAAACCCCCUGCUGCCAGAGACCUUUUAUACGUUGCGCCCUCUCCAGAUUUCUGCCAUCUCGACCCUGACAACGGUAUCCCUGGCACUGCUGGUAGGAAAUGUAACGGAACUUCUCGGCUGGCGCCAGACGGCUGUGAGCUGGUGUGCUGCGGGCCGGGGUACAGAGCGGGCCGGGCCGAGGUGGUGCAGCGCUGCUCCUGCAAGUUCUCCUGGUGCUGCUCAGUCCGCUGCCAGCAGUGCAAGAACACGGUCACCAUUCACACCUGCAGAGUCUAAGACUGCCCAAACAAGACCAAACCGACCGAGCAGAGAUAUCCGAACAAACCACUAGACGGACACUCACAAACAAAAAGACGGGAUAAGGACAACUUAGACACCUGUUUCACACGUUUAGCACCAAAUUGUCUUAAAUUCUGGUCUUAAUUUAACUCAUUUUUGACUGAAGCAGUGCUUAGCAGAGUUAAGUUUGAGGAUUCUGUUGUAAAAGCUGCAAAGUACAAAGCAAACAACAAUGACAAAGCAUCAACAGUAAGUAAGGGUACAAACAAAAACCUUCAGAGACGGACAGGUGGGCAGGCUCACACAUGCAUCCAUGCACACAAACGUACAUGAACAAACACUCAACAGUUAAUCUCACACUGAACUGACAAAGCUUUUAAAGCUGAACUUAACCACAACUAACAGGGAAACAUUGCAGCACUAUUCUUAUUUUAUGCAAACUAUUUGCAUCAUAGACUAGCAGGUCUUUGAACAUUUACUGUAUUUAUGUCUUCUUCUCUAUUCUGGUUUAUUUAUUUGUAUAUCUCUUUGCUUCACUUCAGCAGCAAUAUUUUAAAUAGCGAAAAUAACUUCUACUUACAUCA